UCAUGGCAGGGCACGGCGCUGGCCUGCUCCUGCUCCUGGGUCUCAUGCCAGCUCUUCUGCUGGCUGUGAGGAUCAACAGCAAGGGCCAGGAGGUGCUGUACCUGGCUAAGGGUGACUCCGUGAAGCUGGGCUGCCCCUAUGUCCUCGAGCCUGAAGACAACGGUCCCCAUGACCUGGGCAUCGAGUGGAUCCAGAUAACGCCCGAGCGGACGGGCCCGGAGAAAGUGUUCCUGUCCUACCACGACCAUCACGUGAACUACGGCAGCGGCUCGGGGCUGCGGGACCGAGUGUCCUUCGUGCAGAACGACCCCAGCCAGUACGAUGCCUCCAUCCGCCUGGCCGACCUGCAGGUCUCCGACACAGGCACCUACCAGUGCCGCGUGAAGAAAAACACCGUAGCCGUGCACGAAGUCAUCGUCACCGUGCAAGAGAAGCCGGCCACCCCGCAGUGCUGGAUUGAGGGGGAGCUGACGGAGCGCAGCAGCGUCCUGCUGCGCUGCUACAGCCGAGGAGGGACCAGCCCCCUCGCCUACCACUGGGCCAAGCUGGCCGAUGGCUACGGCGGGGGCCGCCUGCCCCCUGGCACCAUCCAAGGACGUGCUCCUGGCGACCUGCUAAUCCGCAGCCUGUCGGAGGCUCACGCCGGCGUCUACCAGUGCCGCGUCACCAACCGCGUGGGCUACUCGGUGUGCCAGCUCAGCCUCCACCCCACGCCAAAGUUUGUUCCCCCGGAAGGAGGAAGACAAGCGGGCAUCAUCGUGGGCUCCAUCCUGGGCUCCCUCCUCCUCCUCACGCUGCUGGGGCUCCUCAUCUGGGCGCUGAUCUGCCGCUACCGGCGGAAGGAGUGCCAGCGGGCGUGCAGCGACUGCAGGAGCAGCACGGGCGGCACCAUGACCCGACCGUGCAACGUGUGCCACCACAGCUACUCGCCCCACGGCGUCAGCUACAUGCAGUGCCAGCACGGCGAGAGCGACGAGCGGGCGGCCGCCCUCAUAUGCAACGAGGGCCUCCGGCACCAGGUCACCUGCCCGGCCCUGUGAGCCCCGAGCAGCAGCGCCGGCCUCCACGGGACCCCCGAGCCACCACUGCCACCAGCCCUGUCCCACCCCGAACGUCCCCAUUUGGCUCCCCGGUGGAGAAAGCACCCGCGGGGCUAAGCCCGAACCGAGCGGCGCCGGGGAGCCAAAGCGAUGAGCCGAGCCCGGCCAGGGCUGCCCCGUGUGGCAGGAGGCACGGGGCCGUCCCCGACGCUCCGCCGAGCUCGCGGGGCCGGGGUGACACAGCCGGCUGCCACCGCUCCGGGAUGCACCCGCCGCGGAGGGAUGCCCCAGCCCGGCUCCCAGGCUGCCGCGCGGGGUGACACCAGCUCCCUCCUUGCCGCCGAGGGCUGCUGGUGCCCAGCCUGGCAUUGCCAUGCAAAUUGGGAUGAUUAAUUCAGGUCCACCCCCCGCCCCUUCCUUUAUGAGACACGAUUUUAACCCAGCCCUCAGUAAUCUUGUCGUUUGGGUUCAUCACUUUUUUUUUUUUUUUGGCCCCUUUUUUGUAUUUUUUCCCCAUCAAUGGAACAGCUUUUGGAGCGUUUCUGCAGCCCCCUCACUCUGGAGGCCCCCAGCCAGGCCCGCAUGAUUUCAGCAAUAUUUAUUUCUCCUGUCCCCGUCCCCGUCCCCGGCAUUUGCUCAGUGUCGAGCAGAGCCGCGCCAGCCCAAAACGCCCCGGUCUCGCUGCCCAGCAGCCGCCCGCUCCCGGCCUCGGCGCGGCGGAUGCCUCCAGGAUUGGCUUAGCGAUUGUGUGUUAUUCGAGAUGCUGCUGACAUUGGUACCAGGAUUUACAGUUCGGAAAAUGAAACAAAAUAAACCAAAAAGUGA